CGCCACCCAUCAUCACCCAUCGUCUUCAGUACUUCAGUAUAUAUCAUCACGGUCUACCUGCACAACAUUUCUCCAACGCACGCACACUCGUGGUCGAAUCAUUACAACAAUCGGUCAUGACGAAGUCCAAAGCGAAGAAGCGCAAGCAGACUGCGCAGGCCGAACUGCCACGGAAGACAAUCAAGACAUCAAUCACGCCUCCCGAUAGCAGUGACGACAAUUCUGCGACGCUCGAGCCCAAAAGUCUCCAAACGGUCAUUUCGGACGAGGAGCUCGACAUCGCAAUCGAGACUCUCAAUACCCUCGCGAAGUACCCGAACUUGAUCAAGUCCAAGCAAUGCAGAGACCUCCGAGUUGCCGUCUACGAAUUCCGCCAGAACUGCGCCAGUGGCGUCAACAAUGCUCCGGGAACGAACCUCGGACUCACCGCCCGAAUCAGCGGCGCCCUCACCGACGAAAAGUACGACGACGCGAGAAUCCUACUCGCUGAGAUGAGGAUACGCGGCCAAGAACCAAAGUUAGGAGCGUUGUGUCGCUGGGUACGAGAUUUGGACGUCAUCAGCGGCCUGUCAACUCUGCCCGAGGGUGAAGGUGACGGAAUCGUCAUCCAGCGCAGCGAACGAGACAAGCAGCGCCUGCUAGUCCUCGACGCUGUGCUGCGUGCCUGUGGCCACUCCGACAGCAACCCCAAAGCGGUCCCCUUGCCUCUGUCUUCCACACCAGGCAUCGCUCUCCAAGAGACGUGGGAUCUCCGCUCAUCCACACCAUCGCAGCAGGUAUACGCCUCGGUUCUCGAUAAGACCAUUUUCGAUUCGGCACCACGCAACCUCGCCGCGUCCUUCCGCGUCAUCGAGCGCACGAAAGGCCCUCUUCGCAAGCCGCCCAACCACCACGACGCUCUUCUUUACACCUCUGCCCCGAACACAAUUCCCCUCGCAGCAGAACAUCCGCCGGUUAUAUCAUGUUCACAUCCCGUCGUGCCCGGACUCGGCUUUUUGAAGGGUGUGCUUUCCGCAGACGAGUGCAAGGCUAUCGUUGCUGCAGGCGAAGCCGUCAACUUCCUUCCCGAUGCCCCGCUGCGCGAGGACGGAGACAUCAGUAUUCUUGCGCACAACGUCUACUGGGUCGUCGACACCGCCUUCCACGAUGCUUUGUGGGCACGAGUCUCGCCCUUCGUUCCCGCCUCGGUCGGUGGACGCCAGGUCCGCGGCCUCAACCGCCGUUUCCGCGUAUAUCGCUAUGUUCCCGGCGCCGAAUACCGCGCCCACAUCGAUGGAGCCUGGCCGCCGUCUGGGAUCCUCCCCGAUGAUACCUAUGUGUACGACGCCUCGCCUGAGGGCAAGGGACAGAGUUCGCUCUUUACGUUCUUGAUUUACUUGAAUGACGAGUUCGAGGGCGGGGAGACAACGUAUUUCCUCCCCGCUGCGCGCGAGGGAACGCUCAACGCGUAUCCCGUCCGGCCAAUCAUGGGCGGAGUCGCCAUUUUCCCGCACGGAGAUGCCAGGGAUGCGCCUUUGCACGAGGGCACCGGGGUUCGGAAGGGAGCCAAGUAUGUCAUCAGGACGGAGGUUGAGUACGACAUCAAACCGUCUGAGGAGGCUUAGUCAAGUACUUCUAACAAAGCUGUCAUUACCUCCAUUCUCCCGGGUCGUUCCGAGCAGCAGAUUUUGGCUGUCAAGCCAGAAUCGGGAGACCCGAAGCUAGUUUCGCUGCCAUGCCUGAUGGAUGAGCAGUCGCAUAUGGCGCUGCACCAUGCCAUGCCAUGCGAGGUCGCUGUUGCGGCAAUCCCAGAUACCAUCGACGGGGUAGCGUGAACGGUGUGACCGCUGAAUCGUGGCUAGAGAUCGCCUUGGCGGUGCUCCUGGUGGUGACCGGAUGUAGCACCAGAACCAGUCGUGCUCAUCGCAUCAACGAGGCGGUCAAUGGCCGUCGUCACGUUGUUUUGCUCGGUGGAAACAGCGCAUCUGCCAAACGAUGCACCAGUAGAGCCUUCUCUACAAACUUAGUCGUGGAUGACAUGGUCUCAGGCGGCCUUAUUCUCGCCUCUGGCUGAAGGGCAAGAAGCCUCGGGCAGUGAUGUCUGAUACCUUUGGUGGCUAGUUCGACGACUACUCUGCGACACUGGAAGACGAGCAGCGUUUGGGACGGUCUCACGAUGAAGCGUGGGCAAUGAGUUGGUAUAGCUGCAUGAGUAGCUUUUGCUGAGCUGCCGAGGCCACGGCUAUUACGGCCCCGCGCCGAGACUGCGAGACGAGCUUUCAUAGGACCCCACGCCAUGUUUGUUGACAUGGCAGAAUGAGAACCAAGGUGUGCCGGCGAAGUACCGAGACUUGGAUGUGACUUGUUGAGUCCGGUGUUAAUCUCAACUCAGCACCCUCUCCUUCCGUGAAAGUGGGACCUCUUCAACCCGGACCGGAAGCCGAGACGGGCGGAACAGACGGCACGUCGAUAAGCACGUGGGAAGCAAUAGGGCCGCCGAUUGGGUUCGGGUAGGUAGUGCGGUGCCGUUGUACGGUCGUCUACAAGAUCGUCCGGGGAGGAACUCACUGCGUUACCAUCCGGUCAUUCCAACACGUGCGCACCAUGGGGGUACAGCUGGAGCGGCAAAGCUGGGACUGACGUUCCAUCAACUUCCAUGAGGGUGGGACAUGUCGCGCGGGCUGUUGAGUCGCCGUCAGGUAGAUUCCACUUGGCUUGUGCUAUCCCGGCUUUUUGAACACGUGUGGUGGUCGUCUCUGCAGUAAGUCCGGGCAGACUGACACUCUUCCGCUCGGUGUGGCCGACUCACAUGUUGGUACCCCCGAGAGGCAGCUCGGUCUUGGCAUGGAAGAACAUCGAAAUGUUUC